CUUUCCCGCCUCGCCCGCCAUCUUGAAGUCGGGAGGCUCGUGGGUGUGAGGACGUAGAGCCCCGGAAGGGGAAGUGUGGGGUGACGGAGGUGCCACUUGGCCUCUGAGGCAGCUGUGGGGCCCGUGGCACAGUGCGGCCUCCCCGCGGCCUCUCCCUGCUAGCAGCUGUCCUUCCGCUUGCCGCUUCCCCACACUCCCUGGGGACAGCGAGGCCCUCCCGCCACGCCCGUUGCCUCAGGUGAGGGCCGUUUCUAUUCCGGCCCGGUCUACCGCUCUUCGUCCCCUCGCGGCGCUGUCAGCGGCAGAGAGGCCCCGGGCCCUCGGGGCUGAAGCUCGGGACGGGUAGCCAUGGCCGAGAGCCCCUCUUGGGACCUCGGCGUCUGCACGGGCUGAGGCGUGAGGGCCGAGGUGGGACGGGUGCUGUUGAAUUUCGCUUAAAGGAAGCGGACAGAGAGCAGCGAAAUGGAUGACUUCCGUUCCAUCUGCCUGCUGUCCCUGGCCAUGCUGGUCGCCUGCUAUGUGGCGGGGAUUAUUCCCCUGGCCGUGAACUUCUCGGAGGAGAGAUUAAAGUUGGUGACUGUUCUGGGUGCUGGGCUGCUGUGCGGAACUGCCUUGGCUGUCAUUGUGCCUGAAGGAGUACAUGCACUUUACGAAGACAUUUUGGAGGGGAAGCAUCACCCAGCAAAUGAGAUGCAGCAUGUGAUGGAGUCUGAGAAGGUCGCUGAAAUCGCUGUUGUACAUGAGUAUGGCCAUGACCAUUCCAGGUUGCACGCAUACAUUGGUGUUUCACUUGUCCUUGGCUUUGUCUUCAUGCUUCUGGUUGACCAGAUAGGCAGCUCUCACGUGCACUCUACAGAUGAUCCAGAAGCUGCUAGAUCAGGCAAUUCCAAAAUCACCACAACGCUGGGAUUAGUGGUCCAUGCUGCAGCUGAUGGUGUUGCGUUGGGUGCAGCAGCUUCUACUUCUCAGACUAGUGUCCAGUUGAUAGUGUUUGUCGCAAUUAUGCUGCACAAGGCACCAGCUGCCUUUGGCCUGGUUUCCUUCCUGAUGCAUGCUGGGCUGGAACGGAAUCGAAUUAGAAAACACUUGCUGGUCUUUGCACUGGCAGCACCUGUUAUGUCCAUGGUGACAUACUUAGGGCUAAGCAAGAGCAGCAAAGAAGCCCUUUCAGAAGUUAAUGCCACCGGAGUUGCUAUGCUUUUUUCUGCUGGGACCUUUCUUUACGUUGCUACAGUUCACGUCCUCCCAGAAGUAGGAGGAAUCGCGCAUAGCCACAGACCUGAAUCAACUGGAGGAAAAGGACUCAGCCGUCUGGAGGUGGCAGCCCUGGUCUUAGGAUGCCUUAUUCCUCUAGUUUUGUCCAUUGGACACCAUCACUAAAAGCUCGAAUUUCACCGGUCUUCUCCUUGAUCUGACAUGAGCAGUAAAUGUCAGCUGCUCCCUUUAUCAUUGUCUGUCUUAUCCAUCAUCCAUCCCAUCUACUUUAUGGAGUUCAGAAUGAACCUUGAUUGCAAAAUGAGGAAUACUGGGAAAAUUUUUAGUAUAGCAAAAGGUACUUUGGCAGCCGGACAUAAAUUCUGUGUAACUUUUCUGAAGACAUUUGCUAUUUUAGUUGUUGCUUACGGCCCUAUUCUCAGGGAAGAUGGAAUUUGGAGUUUAAGAAAGGUGAGCGGGGAAGAAUGUAGUGACUCAUCAUGAAAUUGCAAUCACCAAAGCAUCCUGCAAUUGAGCUUUCACAGCUGAGAAGAUAAACAAAGAAUGGCUGCCUUUUGAGAGGUUGAAGUCUUACAAAUGAAGAAGGGGACUCUCCCCCACUGAAUCCAUGUCGUCUUGACAAUGCAAAUGGUUCUUGUAAUGUUGAUCAUUAAUUGUAUUACAGGAGUGGGCUACACUCAGAAUUCUGGACAAAGGUGCUGUUGUAACAGGUGUCGCUGAUAGGAAAGAAGUACUGUAGAGAAGGUGUAAUGUAGGAGUAGGAAAUGAACAGGCUAAGAAAGAACAAAUUUUUCAGUGUAUUCAAUUAUUUAAGAUAAUAGAAGCAAGGAGAGUGUCACUUUGGUUGUUCAUGCAGUUGUUAAUAAGUUUGAAACGGGCAAUAUUUUCUUCUGACAUGUAAAGCACCAAAAACAUUAGCAGGUAUUAGUAAUUUGGUUCUGUGAUUACACUGCUGCUACUUGUGAGAGAGAUCCAUAUUGUCCUUUGAAAUCAAGCUCUUCUGGACUCUGAGGAGUAGAAAUCUGAUGGAAAUAGGUGAUGAGGGACCAGAGAACUUUACUGGCUCACUUUCAAGAGUCUGAACCACUGACAUCGGUGGGGACAUGUGUUGUUUCCUUUUUGUUGUUGUUUUGUUCCAUUAAAUAAAAUAUACUAAGGCUAAUGUAAUAAGAUCUAUAGGUAAAUAUUUAUGUUAUGAUAGGGUACAGAGUGUUUCUGAAGCAGUUCUAAACAAACAAGAACAAACAGACAAAAGCAAAACCUGGUGGGUUUUCAGUGGCCCUGUUAGGCAUUUUGCUUUUCCUUGGGAAUCUUGCAUUCACCUCUUACAGAUGAUCAUUAGUCUAGUGAAACUACUUGAGGACUUUUUGCCAACUGCUGAUGCCUCUCAGUGCAAAUGGGUGCUAAAAGAUCAUCCCUUUCCAAGGCACAGCGUUUUGUUUUAUUUUUUGUCAGGCACCUUUUAUCUUAUGCAAAUUAUACUAUACUUCAAUAACUGUAGUGCAUUGAAAAGUCAGGAAUGCUUGAUGUGCACAGACUGAGCUCUUUAGGGGCAAACUUUUUAAUGCUGUACCCUUUUUAAGCUAUACUUUUCCUGCACUUUUUAAAGAUAACAUUGCCAAAUAGUUUUUUUAUAUGGAUUUUCAAGGCUUGAAGUAUUUUUCCUGAAGUGCUUAUUGUUUCAGUUUGAAUGGCCGUGUCUCUUUCGUGCCAUUUAUUACUUAUACUACACAGGCCAUCGUGCCUCUUAACUUCUUCACAUUUUGUCAUUUUCCUAAUUGUCUGCUAGGUCAGUAAUGGGUAUGGCCUGGCUCUUGGAGUAGUGGUUGCUGUGUCUGUUGGCUUUGUAACAACCUAAACGUGUUCUGGAUUUGUACCUGGUGCUGAUCCCAGGAGUACUUAUUUGCGUAUUUUACAGGAGGUUAAUUUGAAAAUAGUUGCAAAGUGACUAGAACUUACCUUCUUCCACAAUAUUAUUUUGAAGAUAGAAUUGAUUUAUCAGGCCUGAACAACAUCAGACCUUCAAAAGUUGUUUUGUUUUUUGUUUUCUGAUUUACAACUGUGAAAUUAAUGGUGUGGAUGAGAUCUGCAUUCUUAAAGCAUUUUUUACAACAUAUAUAUGCAGCUAGUAACUUAGUAGUAAGUUACCUGCUAAAAAGUUCAUUGACAGAGGCUACUGCAAAUGAUGUGAGUGGUAACAGGGACAUUUACACCGGAGUUCCCAGUGUUUUUCCUUAUUUCCCCUUCAUUACCUUCUUUCCUUCUGAUCUCGCUAUUUUACCUUUCUUAAUUCUUCCACAUAACUGAACUGUUUCCAGAAGCUGGAGAGCUUCAAGGUCUGUAACAAGUCAGGAAAUAAUGAUGUGGUAACAGAUGCUUACAUGUUGUAGAACAGCAUUUCUAGAAGUGUAGGCUAUCUGAAUCUACAAGUUGAGUCUUUUUCUCCCACUAGCCAUUCAUAAUGGAGGAAGGAGUUCUCUUGAAAACCAGUCCAAAGAGCAAAUUGUAAUGAGCCUGAUGAAUUUACCUGAGUGCUGAUUCCUGCUGGUGAUGCUGACGCGCACCAGGCUGUGGGGAACCUGUUCACAUUUGCAGUGUCCUAGGAGAGCCUUGAAUUUCUCUCAGAUGCUAGUCCAGCAGCCUUUACCUCGAAAACACUACAUCUGGAAUCCAAGUGACAAGAAGCAAAAAAUGACUCUGCUGUUACUUUUACAUCGUUUUCUUUAUGCAGAGCCACAUUUUUAUCGUCUGUCAUUUGUGCACACAUCCAACUCCACUCAUUACAUCAGCAUUUUGACACUGCUUCCCUAUGGCCUCGUUUUGUGUGUAACAGUUCUGAUGUCUUAGGGGCUGUGGAUGAUACCUUUUAGGGGUCAGUGUGUGUUGAUGAGGAUUUGUCAGCCAGUCUUGUCACUGCUGGUAUAACCUUCAGCAUACUAAGCAUAGCAGGUGCCACUGGUUAGAAAGUGUCAUCUUUGCUUUUUGCCUAUCCCUCAGGUGAUGUUGACAGUUUGGGACAGCCACUCAAUGAGUCAUGGUCUAUUGGCCAGGGUAUAGCAGAAGGUGAGGGAUGUUUUAUUAAAACACUGACAAAAUUAUCAUAAAGAAGUCUGAUAACACAGUUUUCAUUUUGGCACUCAAGUGUUAUGAGACUGUUUUGGUGUUUUUUUUGUCUCUGUUUAGAAGUAGCAAAUAUUUUCUUUUUGCUGCCUCUUCUAUUUCUUGUGUUGAACUGUUAUUUUCAGUAACAGAUGAAGCUGCAGUGACUGAGAAAACUUCUGGUUAUGACACGGAGAAUAUAAAAUCAUAAACGACUGAACCAUUUCAAAUUGUUCCACAUGGAAGAUUAUUUUCUUGAAGCAGUGUAUUUUAAUGAGUUAAUGAAGUACCAUAUUUUAUCAUAUCCCCAUUCUUACCUAUCUUCCCAUCUGUCACAGUAAAUCAGUACUGCACGUAGUCAAGGCCAUCUGGUAUCAUUUUCUACUCCUCAGGGGACCUCGGUGCAAGCAAAUUCUUCUUUACUCUCUCUGUAAUAGCCAUGUCUGCUUGUGUUUCUACUGUGAGGUAGGUGGCAGUAGGUCUAGCAGAUAGCACUAACCAAGCGCCAGGCAUUUUCCCCCUUUUGUUCUCCAACUCCCUCUGGGAAAUCUAUAAUCUUCUCAUCAACUGGGCUUUUUUUUUUUUUUUUUUUUUUUUUUCCAGUUUUAAUGAUUUCUUAAUGGGCGGUAGAAACUAAAGUAAAGCUGUGCUUCUCUUCAUCUCAGUGCGUUCAGGUACUUUCCAUACUGUUCUAAUUAUUUUAUUGUUCACAGUCCUUAAAAAAAAAUAAAAAUAAAGGAAUUAGAAGGGAAAUAGUUUUUUCAGUACCUGAUGGUAGGUGCUGAAGCUGCUUUGUCAUUAACUUGUGUGAAGAUGUCACACCAAGAUAGGAGCUUUUGAUAAUUAUUCCCUGUGAUGUCAGAUGGCCAGGAGUUCAAUACAAAAACCUGCUGUUAAUUCUGACUUCAAAGAACCAUUUCCAGCUGAAUUGUGUUAGAAAAAGUGUGUUAAGGAGACCCAGGAAAACUACUAUGUUUAUUCAGGAGCUAGUUCAAAGUCUUCGAGGAGCUUUUGACAGUAGCAGAUGUGUGGUGUGGUUACCAGCUUUAUGCAGAGUAACACUUGCUGUGGAAUAAAUGUAUCUGCUGCUCUCUUCCUGUUCUGUGCUGCUUGGCGUGGGACGCUGGGGGAGGAAGACAUGAUUAUUGUUUUGGGGUGGGAGGAGAAGUGGUUGUGUUGUGGUGGGAAAAUUUGAGUUUCAGAUUCCUGUUCACUUCAGACUUGUUUAAAAAAGUAAUUUUUCUCUGAUUUUCUUACAUCUCUUAGCAGCCUUGGCUUUCCAGGGAAGAACAUGGUGUGGUCAUUGCUGUUUACCUGACUCCUUGUAUGGAACCGUAAUUUUAAUGUCUCUUUUUUCAAACCAUUUGUACACAAAAUCAUUCCAUGAAUGGCUGCCUUAUAAUUUUUCCACUUUAAUUGUGAAUGGUUAUAAAAUAAUGUUGCAGUUUUCAAUUUGUUUUAUUAUAUUAAAUUUUUACUAGGUGCAGUGCUUCA